AUGCUGAUGCGCGACUACAACAACCGUGUAGAUGACUGCCUGUUUAUUAACUUUUUCCGUGAAGUAUCGGACGAUUUAGACAAAGUCAAGUCGCUGAUGGUCAAACUGAAGAGUUUAAACCAAUCCUCAAACCUCAGCUCCAUUGAGGCCCCUGCUAAGUCAGGACACUCGCUGGAGCUCCACGACGACGACGACCUAGUAGCCGACGACCUGCCCGAUCCAGCUGCCAAUCGCCGCUUGCGCAAGCUCCUGGAGGACCUGUCGAAAGUCGAUUCUGUCAGCAAGGAGUUGCAGGCUUCUACGGUAUCACUCCUGGACGCGCGUGUGUACUUCGAUGGACGAUUGGAUUCGCUGCCUGCGCUGGUAUCGCAUAUCGCUGCGAUUGUGCACUCGCUUCAUUGUGAGGCUGCGUGUGUAAAAGUACUCGACGGCAAGACAGCAAAACUGACGAGGGCCGAGACUGCGUCUCUGCGCCGCUUUGCUGUCCAGCGUGAAGAGACUUCCGUUGCAGCAGCGGUUGACGAUGCUGAUAACUCAUUUGUUGAGCAGGUAAAGAAGCGUCGUAAGCUAGCUACAACUACUGUCGGUACGCAGCGCCAAGGUCUGAAUCCUAUCACGCUCAAACUGCUGUUUUUGCGCGUGAACAGCAGCUACUGGAACGCGCAAGUGGUCAACGAGUGCACGUAA